GCUUCAGAGUGGACUGACAUCAGACAAAGCGGCUGAUUCAGACAAGCUGGUCAUGACUCGAUCUCCCUCCAGGAUCCUCUCUGCAGCUAUCCAGCUGUCAGCAGAGGACCGGAGGCUCUGCUUACCUGCAGCUUUCUCCGCCUCCUCUUCCGGGUAGGGUGGGGUAGUUUCUACCUGGACUCUGACAACACACAGGGCAAUGAUUUACUGAUUCACUCAUGACAUUGUACUUGGGUUAAAUAGCGUUUUCAUCGACCUCACACAGGUAUGAGCCAUCCGCCCCGUUCUAACAGGGGAUACCGGGAGACAUCCGGAGAUCACCGGGAGAGGAACGGAGAUCACCGGGAGAGGAACGGACACCACCGGGAGAGGAACGGAGAUCGCCGGCAGCCCCGCGAUGACCUACACUCAUCUUCGGACAGGUCCUCCUCCAGACCCCCAUACUACCCCCAUGAAGCUGACUACCCUCCCAAACAUAGCCGGGAGGUCCCUCGAGUAGAACACCAUGAAUCCAAAUGCACAAAUGCAUGCUCCAGGAGAGGCAUCGUGCUGAUCUGUGCUGUGCUGACCAAUGCCCUGGUUCUGAUCUGUGUGGUCGCAGCUCAGAUGGUCACAUCAGGCCUGUCUUCGAUGGCAGGGGCAGGUGGCUUCAACAUCAACUCUCAGUUCAACCUUCAGGGCACCGAGCUGCAGCAGGUACGAGACCUGGACAUGCAGUACAGCCAGAUGAGGGCGCCUGGCGUCUACGGUGGCAUCGCCUUCAGCCUCACCUUUGGGGUCCUCUCACUGCUGUUUGUGGUCGCUGGGACCAAACCUCCCCAUAUGAUGUCAUGGAAGCUCCUGUAUGGCGCGUUGGUGUUUCAGGCGGUGGGAGCCGUGGUUUAUGUGGUAGCUGUCGGCCUCUACCUGCACUUUGUGAUUGGGAUCAACUCCACCGAUGUGUGUAAGCAGCGAGAGAGGAUCUAUGCACGUAACGGCUACACCUGGAUGAACUGCGAUGUGGGCGGGGCGGAUGCAGCAGUGGCUCUGUUUGGGCUCAUCACUGCCAUCCUGUACACCGCCGGCACAGUGCUCACAGUACAGACCAUCCGAGGAGUGAAGCGCUACCUGCAGGAGCGAAAACGAAGAGAGACUGAGAGACUGCAGGCUCGACCCCACGCACAUAGGGCUGACACCACCGCUGUGUGAGGGAACUCAUGGGGGGGGGGACAUCUGCAGCCUGAGCCAGCUGUGUUAGGGUCAGACUUUAGUUUUGUGGUACCACAGAGCUGGUUCACUUUUAACAGAUCACCUAUGCUGUUCAGAGGAUCAGAUCAAAAUAUGAUCGACUACUGACCAGACAAGUCAUGAGAAAACUUAUUCCGGCAUUGUCCCCCUUAUAGAUGGACACAAAUCCUGUGUUUACAAUAGAGGGACAUGUGUUUUAUAGGUUUUUAUGCUACAGAGCCACUGAGACACCAGAGGGAUGAUUUUCUCUGUCCUAAUUUCGUGGUAUUUCCCAAAACAGGCAGCUCACAAACUCAUGAGUGGCGGCACAUUGCAGCUCAUGUAAACAUUAAAACCUGUGGAGGCUACUUAAAAGUUCUCUGUAGCGUUUCCUGAUUCACUGUAGCUGUGAUCAUGACUAAUGCUGUGACAUGUUUUAAUGAAUGAAACACUAAUUGAAGCUGUUCAUUCUCUGAAGAACAAAGAUCUAAUGCAGAGUCUAGUAGUGUUAAAGCUCUCUCUGCUAAUGCUAACUCAUGUGGACCUCUAAAGAGUCACCACAGCUGCAUCACACAUCUGUAGCUCACACCAUAUUCACACACAGUCCCAGCCUCAUACAGCUGUAGCCAGAGUGGCCAGAGAUGGACCUUUUUCUAUGAUUGGGGGGAAUGCAAAAAGUAUUAUAAGGCAAAAGUGGCUCUGUACUAUGAACAUCAUGUCAAAUAUAAUGGAAACGUUUUUGCAUGUGUCUGCACUGGGAUGAGAACAGGACCUCUACCACUGUUUAACACUAUAAUUAGUGAUGACUUUAGCUGCCUAUUAUUCAGCCCUCACAGUGUUGCUACAGCAACUCAGGAUUUCAUGUGGCUGUGAAUAUUUAAGCCUUUACACCUAACAGUGAGAUGAUAAGUGGAAAUAAAGUAGACCCACAGCUGUCGUUUAUCACAAAGACGAAUCCACACUCUUGUUUUUCAGCUCGUUCAAUUAGGAAUGCAAUGUAAUAUUUAGGCCUUUAACACACCUUUCUUCUUUGCUUUGACCUCACCUAUACUGUUUAUCUGUUUUAAAUUCUAGUUGUUUUUUUAAUGAGUGUCACUCCUGCAGUAAACAUGAGUGGAGUUAACUAAAGCAGCUGAUGAGCUCUGAUACUGGCUGUCCAGGAUCUUCAGUCUGAGCUUUAGUGAAGGACUGGAAAUGUUUGUAUGCUGUUUGACAGCUAUAUAAAUGUCUUAACAUGUAAACUCGUUAAUGAUGAAUGUUUUUAUAUCAGAGUGUGACUUAAUGAUGCAAAUUUUUGUCAAUUCGGAAUAAAUGUAAUACCAUAAA